AUGGUGCUUACCACUCUUGAUUCUGCUGUACAUCGGGCAACUUCUUCACCAUGUGGUCCAGUGCAUAUCAAUUGUCCUUUUAGAGAGCCUUUGGAAAGCAGUCCCCGCAAAUGGUUGUCAAGCUGUUUAACUGGGUUAGACUUCUGGAUGACUAAUACUGCACCAUUUACCAAUUAUAUUCAUAUGCGAUUGUCUCGUACUAGUACAAAUGCUUAUGGGGAAAUGUCUGAAGCUUUAGAUCUGAUUCUAAGAGCCAAGAAUAGUCUUCUAUUAUUUGGUGCAAUCCAUACAGAAGAUGAGAUGUGGGCUGCUCUGCUUUUGGCUAAACACCUUCAGUGGCCUGUUGUAGCAGAUAUCUUGUCAGGGUUGCGGUUGAGAACACUUUUAAGUUCUUUUCCUGGUAUUGAAAGAAACUUUAUAUUCGUUGAUAAUCUUGAUCAUGCUCUUCUCUCAGAUUCUGUCAAGGGCUGGUUAAAGGUUGAUGUGGUUAUUCAGAUAGGAAGCAGGCUAACUAGCAAACGAGUCUGCCAAAUUCUUGAGGACUGUGCUCCUUUUUCAUAUAUUAUGGUUGACAAGCAUCCUCAUCGUCAUGAUCCAUCACAUAUUAUAACUCAUCGUAUACAAACUUCCAUAUUUGAAUUUGUGGGCUGCUUACUUGAAGCUGCAGUCUCACAUAAAAGGAGCAUGUGGAGCACUUCCCUACAAUUGUUGAGUAAAAUGGUAUUAAUUCUAGUAAUGAAAAGUUACUUCUUGUUAUGUACACGUUAUGAGGUUGAAUGGGAGAUAAAUUUUCAAAUUACAGCUGAAUGUUCCCUUACUGAACCUUAUGUUGCACAUGUGAUGUCAGAAGCUCUUUCCUCCGAGUCUGCUGUAUUUCUUGGUAACAGUAUGCCCAUUCGAGAUGCAAAUUUAUAUGGACGCAGUUGGUCUAUAUGCAAUCAAAGUGUUUCACCACUCAUGUUAAACUCCGACCUACCAAUUAACUUCAUGAGGGUUGCUGCUAACAGGGGUGCUAGUGGUAUAGAUGGGUUACUUAGCACAGCCAUUGGUUUUGCUGUAGGAUGCAACAAAAAGGAAUUCAUGAAAAAUGUGUUGUGUGUAAUUGGAGAUAUUUCUUUGUUGCAUGAUACAAACGGCCUAGCAAUUUUGAACCAGCGGAAAUUGCGGAAACCAAUGACAAUUCUUGUCGUUAACAACCAUGGAGGAGCAAUUUUCAGUAAUCUUCCUUUGGCAGAUAAAGUUGAAACGUGUAUAAUGCAUCAAUACUUCUACACGUCGCACAACAUUUCAAUACGUGAACUAUGCAUGGCACAUAGUGCAAUACUGUUAGUGGAAAUUGUUGUGAAUAUACUUCAAAGAUUGAUGUGUUUGGCCCUAGAUUUGGUUGACACUACACUAUGGGAGGUGGAAGUUAUGUUUAUUUCUAGAAUUUAA